CGCUGUUUUACAUUUAUGGAUCGUGGAUUUGUGUUCAAGAUGGUCAACAAUUAUAUAAGUAUGUUCGGAACAGGAGAUGGCAAGACUUUACAUCAGUUCAAAUUUGAUUUUCUCCAAGAAGUCUGUCACCAUGAGCACUUUAUCCCUCUGUGCCUGCCCAUACGGUCUUCAAACAUUCCUGACCCUGUGACCCCUUCAGAAUCAACACAGGAAUAUCGGACAUCAGAUAUUCCAGAGUACACGCUGACCAAUGAAUUUUGCCGUAAACAUUUCUUAAUUGGAGUACUGCUGCGGGAGGUUGGUUUUGCCUUGCAAGAAGACCAGGAUAUUAGGCACUUAGCUUUGGCUGUGCUUAAAAACUUGAUGGCAAAGCAUUCGUUUGAUGAUCGAUAUGCAGAGCCGGCAAAACAGGCACAAAUAGCAAACCUGUACAUGCCACUCUAUGGAAUGCUUUUGGACAAUAUGCCAAGGAUUUACAUGAAGGAUAUGUUCCUUUUCAAUAUCAAUACUUCCAAUCAGGGAUCUAGGGAUGAUUUGAGCACAACCGGAGGAUUUCAGGGCCAGGCAGCAAUGAAGCAUGCAAACUCUGUGGACACGUCCUUUUCCAAAGACGUUCUGAACUCUAUAGCAGCCUUUUCAUCAAUAGCUAUCUCUGCAGCAAACCAUGCUGACUCCAGAGCUUCCUUAGCAAGUCUUGAAUCUAACCCAAGUACCAAUGAAAAAAACAGUGAGAGAACUGACACGUGUGAAAAGAUCAUGAGACCUUUGUCUUUGAUUGGAUCAACUCUUCGUUUUGACAAGUUGGAUCAAGCUGAAACUAGGAGCCUUCUUAUGUGUUUCCUUCACAUUAUGAAAACCAUUUCAGAAGAUGCACUGAUUUCCUACUGGUUGCGGGCACCGUUCUCAGAAAUAACUGACUUCUUCAGCAUUUUAGAGGUUUGUCUGCAAAAUUUCAGAUAUCUAGGAAAACGCAAUAUUGUAAGGAAAAUUGCUGCUGCUUUUAAGUUUGUGCAGGCCACCCAGAAUAAUGGAACCCUUAAAGGUUCGAACUCCUCCGGCCAGGCAUCGGGUCUGCUCUCGCAAUGGAUGCAUUCUACUGGUCAUGAUGGCCAUAAGCAUCACAGAUCUCAAACAUUACCAAUAAUCCGUGGCAAAAAUGCACUUUCUAACCCCAAACUCUUGCAGAUGAUAGACAGCAGCACUGCAAGUAACUCCAAUGAAACGGACAUCGUACAGUAUGUGGACACAGAGGCAAACAUUGCUACAGAAGUUUCCCUCACAAUCCUUGACCUCUUGUGUCUUUACACCCUGAACCACCAGAGGCAGCUCCAGCAGUCUGAUUGCCAGAACGUGUUGAUGAAGAAAGUCUUUGACACGCACAUGCUCUUUCUGCAAAUCAACCAGUCAGCAGCAGCUCUCAAGCACGUCUUUGCUGCCCUACGGCUCUUUGUAGCCAAGUUCCCAUCAGCAUUCUUCCAAGGACAAGCAGAUCUCUGCGGCUCACUCUGCUAUGAAAUCCUGAAGUGCUGUAACCAUAGAUCACGUUCAACUCAGACAGAAGCUUCUGCUCUUCUUUAUUUUUUCAUGAGAAAGAACUUUGAGUUUAACAAGCAGAAAUCAAUAGUCAGAUCCCACCUACAGCUCAUCAAGGCAGUGAGCCAGCUGAUAGCAGAUGCCGGGAUUGGUGGAUCUCGUUUUCAACAUUCCCUUGCAAUUAUUAAUAAUUUUGCCAAUGGAGACAAGCAGAUGAAAAACGUUAAUUUCCCAGCAGAGGUGAAGGAUCUGACCAAACGCAUCAGAACGGUUUUAAUGGCCACAGCUCAGAUGAAGGAGCAUGAGAAGGACCCUGAGAUGCUUGUGGAUCUGCAGUACAGUCUAGCGAAUUCAUACGCCAGCACACCUGAAUUACGUAGGACGUGGCUUGAAAGCAUGGCCAAGAUUCACGCAAGGAAUGGAGAUUUAUCAGAGGCUGCGAUGUGCUACAUUCAUAUCGCUGCUCUCAUUGCGGAGUACCUGAAAAGAAAGGGUUACUGGAAAAUGGAAAAGAUUUGUACCUCACGUAUGCUCCUGGAAGAUGGUCAAGUCUCUGAUAGUAAUGUGUUACUAACAACUCACAAUGGAGGAAGCUUAUUUUCCAUGGGAUGGCCUGCUUUCCUGAGCAUUACCCCCAACAUUAAAGAAGAAGGUGCUAUGAAGGAAGACUCUGGGAUGCAAGAUACGCCCUAUAAUGAGAAUAUUCUUGUGGAGCAGCUGGAGUUGUGCGUUGAAUACCUGUGGAAGUCUGAGAGAUACGAGCUUAUUGCUGAGGUUAACAAGCCUAUCAUUGCUGUUUUUGAGAAGCAGAGGGACUUCAAAAGACUGUCUGAUCUGUACUACGACAUCCACCGCUCGUACCUGAAGGUUGCAGAAGUAGUGAACUCUGAGAAACGGCUCUUUGGGCGGUACUACCGUGUGGCGUUUUAUGGGCAGGCUGUGGGGUUUUUUGAAGAAGAGGAAGGUAAAGAAUAUAUCUAUAAGGAACCCAAAUUAACCGGCUUGUCUGAGAUCUCUCAGAGGCUGAUGAAACUUUAUGCAGACAAGUUUGGAAUAGAUAACGUGAAGAUCAUCCAGGAUUCCAACAAGGUCAACCCCAAAGACCUGGAUCCAAAAUACGCUUAUAUCCAGGUGACGUAUGUCACGCCUUUCUUUGAAGAGAAAGAAGCCGAAGAUCGAAAGACCGACUUUGAAAUGCAUCACAACAUCAACCGGUUUGUGUUUGAGACACCUUUCACACUCUCAGGAAAAAAGCACGGAGGCGUAGAAGAGCAGUGCAAGAGGCGCACCAUCCUGACAACCAGCCACUUGUUUCCCUACGUGAAGAAGCGUAUUCAAGUCGUAAGCCAGACCAGCACAGAGCUGAACCCCAUUGAAGUAGCGAUUGAUGAGAUGUCCAAAAAGGUAUCAGAGCUCAAUCAGCUGUGUACAAUGGAAGAAGUGGACAUGAUCCGACUGCAGCUCAAACUCCAAGGAAGUGUCAGUGUCAAGGUAAAUGCUGGACCAAUGGCCUAUGCUAGAGCUUUUCUUGAAGAGACAAAUGCGAAGAGAUAUCCUGAUAACCAAGUUAAGCUUCUGAAAGAAAUCUUCAGGCAAUUUGCAGAAGCAUGUGGACACGCUCUUGAUGUCAACGAACGCCUUAUUAAGGAGGACCAAUUUGAAUAUCAGGGAGAGAUGAAGUCUCAUUAUAAGGAUAUGCUCAGCGAGCUCUCUGCAGUUAUGAAUGAACAGAUUGCAUACAAGGAGGAGUCAGCAAAGCAGCAAGGGAUGGAGCGCACUUAUUCACGAGUCAUCAACAGAGCCAGCUCCUCUGUGCCAGCAGCAGCCACCCCGGCAAACCCUGACGCCUGACUGCAACGUGGGAAGCACACGGCCUCGGGGACAUCUGGCAUGGCUGGGAAUUUUUGUUCCUCGUUUUUUUUUUUUUCUUUCUUUUUACAUUAAUAGUACUGAAAAUUAAUUUGAUCAUGGACAAUGCCAGGAAAAGGAUUUGUGGGUUAUGAUUUUAAUUUAUUGGAAGUCUUCACAGUGUUAUUUUUUGAAACUGCAAGUUUGAAUUUUUUUUAUUAUUAUUUUUUUGCCUGCCCCAAUAUUUGCACAUUCCCUGUUUUUUUUUCUUGUCGAUUUUUGGUUUUGAGCAGCCUCUGGCAAGCCAGGCUGAUUACGAAAUUCCCACUGAACAGAUAGGUACACAG